AUGCCGCCGCAGACGACCGCGCCGACGCGAGUCGCCGGCAGCUCCUCUGCCGGACUCCGCGAGAGGCUCCGCCACGCCGCCGGCGACGACCACGACGAGGCGCGCCGCGUCUCGGGAGGGUGCGCCUCGGGAGGUUGCGCCACGCCGCCGCCGCACGACGGUCGCGCCUCGGGAGGUUGCAAGGACUUCCUCCGUGCUGAUGGGAAAUGGCUCACGUGCUUCUGUUCGUGGUGCUGGUACAGUGGAUCUGAAGAAGAAGCUGGACCCGUGCAGGACGAGGCUGCCGGAGCCGGCGACGCUCCGGAACAACAAGAAGUUGUCGGAGACAGCGACGCCCCGGAACAGCCAGAGGAUGCCGGAGAAGCAGAGGAGUCAAUCCUGGGCAACCUCAGCCCAAUCUCCGACGACGCCUCCACCAUGGACACGGAAGAAUACAACCGCCUCACUAAGGAGUUGGAGGAUGAAGAGGCAGCUGAGGCGGAAUCUGCUCCUCCUAAGCAGGUUCUCGCAACCUUAGCCGCGCUGGAUCAACAGGAAGAGGAAGAUGAGAAUUCUCAGUCCGACCCACAGCCGUCCCACGCAGGAUCUCCGCUAUCACGGGAAAGGCCGUGUAAGGAAGUCCUGUCCCCAGAAGAACUGGUUGAGCAUGCAGGCAUGGAUGCAAUCGCGCACUCGGAAAUCCUCAACAAGCCUAUCACACCUGAUGACGCAGCAGAUCCGGAAGCUCUGGAAGCCAAGAGGCAAGAGAUGCUGGCAACAACCAAUAAAUUCGCCACCACCGCAGCAGCAAUGCUGGAUGAGAGGAAAGAAGCCGCACAUUUUUUGGAUAAUUUUCUCAAGCGAGAACGCCAGGUUGACGAAUCAAUGGAAAAAUUCAAGCAGCUCCGGAAGCACUGGGAGGACAAGGUCACCGAGCUCCAACAGGAGGCCGAUAAAAUAAGGCGAGAGGCUAUACCUCCCCGGAAGAUCACCUUCGCAACUCCUACUGAGCAACAACCAUUCUCAACUCCAAAGGAUAAUUUGAAAAAGGCUGCGGAGAUCUUAAAAAAGAAGGACGAGCAGAUUGAUAUCGACUACGAUGAACUGGAGUCUGGUGUUGUAGGGCCAUAG